AUGUCUUGGAAAGUGUCAGACGCAACACUUGCAGACGUUCCCGCCAUAACCUCAAUCUACUCACACGAUGAACCUACACCAUUCAUCAAGCUCUGUCUAGGAUCGCUAAAUGUGCUGGCGCUGAACUUCAAUCAAGCGGCUCGCAUCGCUGAUAGCUUACAAGACUCGGACGAAGCCUGGCUAGUCGCUCGAGAUGAGCGUAACAGGAUAGCAAGUUUUGCGGAAUGGCAGAUGCCCAGGGAAGAGGCAGAUACAGAAGAGCAGAUGGCGGAAGAGCUGGCCGAAGCACAAGAAGCCUACGAGGACUCGAUCGCGCCUGGAAUGAAUUCAACACUCGUCGUCGAGUUUAGACACCGAGUCACGAAGCUCCGCAAUGACGUGCUGCGAGGCCAGAGGCAUUACUUGCUCAUGAACAUAGGGACGGCAAAGGCGUCACAGCAAAGAGGAGCGGCUACGGCACUCGUAAAGCAAACGUUUGACGCCGCGGAUCGAGAGCAAGUUGCGAUUUAUUUGGAUACGGACUCGGAUGGCGCUGCUAAGCGACUCUUUGACAAGCUGGGAUUUGAGGAAGUUGGCAAAUUCGAGAUUGAUCUCAGCAAACAUGGCGGCCAAGGGUGGCACUCGCAUGUCGGCAUGAUAAGAAGGCCUUUGAGUGGUGGUGUAACUCGUGUCGAAGAGGAAGGAGCAGUCGUGUGA